AUGUGCGAUGACGAGGAGUUGGUAAAAAUCAACGAAAAGGUGUUAAAGCUGUUCACCUUAACUCUCAACAACGUGCAACUCGAAGUUGGGGAGACCAUAAACUUUAAAGGUAACGUUACUGAGUACACGGACUUGCUGUACCGAUAUCCGCAGGGAACAAUUUACUGGAGUCAUGGGGAGAAAGUGUAUGACCCACACGUCGUACGCAGAGGGCAGAUUGUUAAAUAUUUCCCUAUCAGUUUGAAUGUAACAUCAUAUUCAAUGAAAGGGGUAUUACCUGGUUUCAUAUACAGAAUCGAAUGGUAUCAAAACAACGAAUUCUCUACGACAUCUGCACCCACGCAAAUCUCUGGGCCCUACUUCAGAAGCAUGGCAAUCAAAUAUAGCGGAAGGCCCAAGCCUGUGAAAGUGUAUCCCAGAGUUGAGACAGAAGACAUGGUGUAUGAACACAUGAAGUCUAAGGACAAGAAGGCGAAAGAGAAAUCCUCGGAGGAGCAGAAGUCUAAAGACAAGAAAGCGAAAGAGAAAUCCUCAGAGGGACAGAAGAAGCACAAAGACAAGAAAGCGAAAGAGAAAUCCUCAGAGGAGCAGGAGAAGUCUAAAGACAAGGAAUCGGAAGGAGAAUCCUCAGAGGAGCAGAAGUCUAAAGACAAGAAGACGAAAGAGAAGAAAAAGUCUAAAGACAAGAAAGCGAAAGACAAGAAAGCGAAAGAGAAAUCCUCGGAGGAGCAGAAGUCUAAGGACAAGAAGGCGAAAGAGAAAUCCUCAGAGGGACAGAAGAAGCACAAAGACAAGAAAGCGAAAGAGAAAUCCUCAGAGGAGCAGGAGAAGUCUAAAGACAAGGAAUCGGAAGGAGAAUCCUCAGAGGAGCAGAAGUCUAAAGACAAGAAAAAGCAUAAAGACAAGAAAGCGAAAGAGAAAUCCUCAAAGGAGCAGGAGAAGUCAACAGACAAGGAAUCGAAAGGAGAAUCCUCAGAGGAGCAGAAGAAGCAUAAGAAAGCGAAGAAAGACAGCUUCGCGGCAGGAUUGCUGAGUUCGUGUCUCCGCAGAGUUAAUUGUUAUCCUAUGGCUGUGUAUGAGACACCCGGUCUCUUUUGGGCUAUAGCAUGUGACAUUCUGCAUUACCAUCUGCAGUGUGCACUCUCGCAUUAG